AUGUCCUCCUCAACAUCCGCCCUCUUCUCCCCCAUCCGCGUUGGCAAUAUGAACUUACAGCACCGCGUCAUUCUUGCCCCACUUACUCGUAACCGCAUGCACACAGAUCACGUCCCAGGCCCACAGGCACGUACUACUCUCAGCGAGAACGCUGGCGGUCAAGACAAUGUCCCCGGAAUAUACACUGAGGCUCGUGCGGAGGGGUGGAAGGUGACAGAUGCAGUCCACGAGAAGGGCUCGUUCAUUUUCCUACAACUCUGGGCACUCGGCCGCGCCGCAGAAACCGCCGCUCUCGCCAAAGAGAACAACAGUCCCUACGUGGGAGCUUCACCCAUUCCCUUCCUGGGAAGGCCAGAAGCAGAAGUGCCACGCGCUCUCACCACAGAUGAAAUCAAGGAGUACGCUUACACGUACGUCACUGCCGCGAAAAAUGCCAUUCGAGCAGGCUUCGAUGCCGUCGAGAUUCAUGGCACAAACGACUAUUUGAUCGGCCAGUUCAUUCAAGACAUCACCAACCACCGUACGGACGAAUAUGGCAGGAGUAUCGAGAAUCGGGCAAGGUUCGCACUCGAGGUUGCAGAUGCCGUUGUAGAGGCUGUUGGCGCCGAGAGGACAGGUUGGUAAGUAUGUAGCUAAAAUGAUCUCUUCCUCGUAGCCGCUCCCGUUGAAGAUCGCACAUUGAGAUGAAACGUGACUCUGAAGGGAGCUAAUCUAAUGGCCUUUAUUAGAA